GCGGAGGAGUCAGCUUCGUCGGAGGCUGGCCCCGAGCGUGCGAGACGGUGACCACGCCCCGGGCCAGCUGGUGCAGAUUCUGUGUUGUUAUUGUGAAGGGAGAAACCUCUUCUUCUACUUGGUUUCACCUUUGUCAAAUUCUGUUACAGUGCGAGAAACUCUUUGCCUACUGAGUUAGGAUAGCGUGUAGAAUUGAAGAACCCUUUAGUCUUGCCCCAGAAUGAAAAAAAAAACAACUUUUUUUCCAUGGUUAUAAAAGUUAUACAGUCUCACUAUUUUUAGAAAUCCAAGCACUGGUAAAUACAUACUAAAAAAGGAAGAAAAUACUCGCGAUUCUUAUCAGCCACAGAUAAAAAAUCUGUUCAUAUUUGGGUUUACUUCAGAUAUUUAGACUGUAAAGUGUAUUUAUUUUGCAUAUAACAAAGCAUUUUCAUUUAAAAAGCAGAUCAUGCCUCAGUCCCUAGUAUUUCAGGAAUAAGACAUUUGAUCCAUAUCAAAUGUAGACAUUCAUUAUCAUUUUUAAUGGGGGCAGAAUAUUUCUUGCUGUGGCUCUACUAUGCCAUAUUAUUUAACAUGUCCCCUAAUGGAUGGACAUGUUUUUCUAAUUCAUCAUCAGAAAACAGUAUGGUCGUGGUUACUUGCAGACGUAUAUGUUUGCAUUCUUGUCCAGUUUGUCUCCUUAGAAUAAUUUCUUGGAAAUGGAUGGUGGCUUCCAAAAAAUGGUACAGUUUAAAUUCCGAUUCAGGGUGGGAGGGAGGCUAAACAGGGAGGGGAUACACACUUAUGGCUGAUUCCAAUACAGCACGGCAGAAACCAAUACAGCAUUGUAAAACAAUCAGAAAUAAAUUCUGGUUCAUAAUGCCAGAGUGCCCUCUAGAAAAACUGUGGGUUCCCCCUCCCCCACCCCCCUCAGCAGUACAGAGUGUAAGAGUAGAUAUUUGUCCACACUCUGCCCUGCAUUAAAAAAUCUUACCAAUCUAAAAGGAUAACUUAAUGUUUUUAUUUGCAUUAUUAAUGAGAUGGAACUUUUUAUGUUUAUUAGUCAUGAUUUCUUUGAUAAAUCGUCUCUUUUGUCUAUUCUGCCGCUGUGUGUCACUUUUCAUAGCUCUCUAAGAGGAAUGUGAAUUAGUGAUUUUCAACCUGUUAUAUAAUUUCCACUAGUCCGUUGUUUCUUUGGAUUAUGGUUAUCUUUUUUUAGGGUAUUUUGUUUUCUUUUGUUCUAAUAUUGCCGUGCUUGAAGCUACACACUUCACUUCCAAGAAGUAGAGGAAUUUGUUCUAACUCAGCAAAGUUUAGAAUCUUAACUAGUGACCCAGCCCCUCUUCCAAUUUUAAACCCUUCCCUUCCAUUCUUGAAAUCCUUUCAUUUGUAACUAACUCAAUCGAACACUUCAGGUUUUGACAAGAUACUGCUGGAUAUUUUGGUACAGAUAAUAUCUGUAUUUAUCUACAAAAUACAAGCUGUUCUAGCAUCUGUGUGAAAGUUUCCCUAUAGGUAAGGAGAAAGGAUUAUCAGUUCUUUAUAUUAAAAAAGAAAGAGAAAAAACUGACAGCUACUUACGGAUCUUGCUAAAUUGUAUAUUUUAUUAUUUGCAAAUACCUGUCUUCAUACACAAGAAAAAGUGUGCAAUAAUUUGACUGCAAAGAAAACAUGCUUAAUCAUAGUAUAGUACACAUGCCAUUAAAAAAAAAAAAAAUCACUUUGGGCUUUAGUGUUGGAAAUCCACCCAGCCCAGUGUCCUGUUCCAUUUCUGUCCCUACUUUCCUCUGUUCUGUAUUUAUCUCUUUGGUAGGUAGUUUUGUAUUGCAUGAACAUUGAAAUGGAUGGUAUAAUAGUUCUCGAAAAGCACCAUUUUAUUUAUAUAUGUAACAUAUACUUACAUGUUAUGUAUAUAAAAUCUUGUUUAAACUUCACAACCUAUUGAAAUAAUUGUUUUCCAAAGUAAAAGCUAAGCCCUGCUUUACUACUUACAUUCAUUUAGUCCUUACCAUGGGUCAGACUUUGGAGUUUGUACAUUGUACUAUACAAUACAGAUAAUUCUGCAAAGUUACAUUUGGGGACUUCUGAUUUGCUUCAUCUCUGAUGCUUGUCCUGAGUUUUUCUUUCUUUUUUUUUGUCCUGAGUUUUUCUAUGGCAACUACCAGAAAUAAUGUCACUAAAUCCUUAUUCUCCUAGAUUUGAUAAUACAUCUACAUUAACCUUGAAAGGAUUUCACUUAAGAUCAAAUACCUUUAUCCUCUCUCUUUUGCUUCUAUUAUAGACUCUCCUAAGCAUGGCUUUUUAGUUAGUUGCUUUUUGUCUCAUGUAUCAUUUUUUAGAGUUGAUUUUUUUGAUUCCCUAACUCUCUUCUUUUCCUAGGUUUUUUUUUGUUUGUUUGUUUGUUUUUUUCAAUUGAAAACUAACGCCAGUGAAAGUACAUUGAAAUAAGGUAGAAAGUUAAAAAAAAUAAAAUGCUUUGGUUUGUUCUUACAUGUUUUAAGUGGGAAUAUUUUGCUACACUCCAUGAUUAUGCUAAAAACAGAAGCAUCUUUAUCUCAAAAUUAAAGGAGAAAGACCAUUUGUGGCUCAUAUAGCACUAUUAAUAGAUGGAAAAGCUUCCUAAAAGAUGCUGUGUUUUAUCUACUUAAGUCAUUUUCACUAACCAGUUUAUCAAAUAUAUGUUUUGUGUUUUUAAGUUUUGACACUUGGGCAAAGCUCUUUAUGAGAACUCAGAUGAGUAGUGUCAUUUGCUUUUUUUUUUUAAUUUUUCCAUUUAUUUUUAUUAGUUGGAGGCUAAUUACUUUACAUCAUUGCAGUGGUUUUUGUCAUACAUUGAAAUGAAUUAGCCAUGGAUUUUUAAAAUUUGCUUUUAAAAAGAACAGCACAACAAAUCAGAUACUUGUGGGUUCUGGUUUUAAUGAAUUUGAACACAAGGCACAGGUUUCCAGGUGUAUGUAAAUACAUGUCCAUUUAAAAAUUUCUUCUUGUCUCCGGCGUCGGCAGUGGUGUCGGCUGCGAGUGGGAAAUGGCGGAGUACUUGGCCUCCAUCUUUGGCACCGAGAAAGACAAAGUCAACUGUUCAUUUUAUUUCAAAAUUGGAGCAUGUCGUCAUGGAGACAGAUGCUCUCGGUUGCACAAUAAACCGACCUUCAGCCAGACCAUUGCCCUCUUGAACAUUUACCGUAAUCCUCAAAACUCUUCCCAGUCUGCUGACGGUUUGCCCUGCGCUGUGAGCGAUGUCGAGAUGCAAGAACAUUAUGAUGAAUUCUUCUUUGAGGAGGUUUUCACAGAAAUGGAGGAGAAGUACGGGGAGGUGGAGGAGAUGAACGUCUGUGACAACCUCAGAGACCACCUCGUGGGGAACGUGUAUGUCAAGUUUCGCCGUGAAGAAGACGCGGAAAAGGCUGUGAUUGACUUGAACAACCGCUGGUUUAACAGCCAGCCAAUCCACUCCGAGCUCUCCCCAGUGACAGACUUCAGAGAAGCCUGCUGCCGCCAGUACGAGAUGGGGGAGUGCACGCGAGGCGGCUUCUGCAACUUCAUGCACCUGAAGCCCAUCUCCUGGGACCUGCGAGGGGAGCUGUAUGGGUGCCGGCGCAAGCAGCAUAGAUCGCUGUCCCGAGACCUUGGUCGCCGCGGUGGAGGAGGCAGAGGGCGGGAGUGGGACAGGAGGUGGUCAAACGACCAGGAAAGGUCCGGAGAUUCUGAGCCAUGCCAUUUCUACCGUAUCUCUGCUAGAAAGUGUUGUAGUUCAUUGACCAAACCAGCUCAUAAUGGGAAUUUUUUUUAAAAAAAAACAAAAACAAAGAUGGGUCUCUAAAUAAAAUUUGUAGUGAUUAAAAAAAAAAAUUAAAUGAAAAUUUCUUCUUGUUUCUCCUAGCUCUAGUUCUCCUGGAGAGGAAUGAAGGAAUGUUUAAACUUCUUAUUCAAGAAAGACUUCUUUAACCUAAUGGUGCUUUGUUGCCUCCUAGAUCUUGGUGGUGCAAUAGAAGCUGGCCCAGUGGAAGAAACUUGUCAGCGAUUGUACUUCAUAUUGGAAGUAGAAUCUGGAAUCAAGAUUUUACCCCUUUAAGCACCUUGAUGGCACAAAGAAGAAGGUCCUUCAGUGUAGGAGAAGCAGUGGAGGAACUUGUGGGACCUGAUGGACAAAAAUGGGCUGAUAUGGAUCCAGAAGAAUGAAUGCUAGUAGCCGCUAAAGCUUACACUCAUAUCUGUGCAGGCCACGGUGAGGGAGAUGUCAGGAGAGAAGCCCAGUCCAUCCUGUAUGAUCCCUACAGUAAAGCCUCAGUAACCUCAGGAAAGCGACCUGCUUUUCCUGCACAACUGCAUUACCCACACAUAGAAAGCAACGCCCCUUCAGAAGCAGUCUCAGAGACCUCCCAAAGACUCCGAAAGCCAGUUAUGAAGAGAAAGGUGCUGCGUCGAAAGCCAGGUGGGGAAGUAUUAGUGACAGAUGAGUCGAUGAUCAGUGGAUCAGAGUCUGGUACAGAAAGUGACAUGGAUGUCUGGGACUUAAGACAAAGGCUGAUGAAUCUGCACUUCCAGGAAGACAGGGAAUCUCCAGUUGAUAUUUCACAAAAAUUUAGUCUACCACGUGAAUACCAAGGAAUUUCUCAAGAUCAGCUCAUUUGCUAUCUACGAAGAGAAGAAAUGGGCCCUCCAGCUUAUGAACAAGACCUGAUUGUUGCCAGCCGGCCCAAGUCCUUUAUCCUCCCAAGGCUGGACCAGUUGAGCCGAAACCGGAGCAAGAUAGACCGAGUAGCCCGAUAUUUUGAAUAUAAACGGGACUGGGACUCCAUGCGGUUACCUGGUGAAGAUCAUGGGAAGGAACUGCGCUGGGGUAUCCGAGAGCAGAUGCUUUGUCGUGCAGAAGCCCAGUCCAAGCCUCAGCAUAUAUAUGUUCCAAACAAUUACCUAGUGCCAACUGAGAAGAAACGAUCUGCCCUUCGCUGGGGUGUUCGUUGUGACCUUGCAAAUGGUGUGAUGCUCAAGGAACUUCCUUCCUUCCCUCUUUCUCCUUCUUAAGUCUUUUUUUUUUUUAAACUAGUCUCUCCUUUCACAGGAUUGUUUGCAAUAAUCUGGUUCUUAGUAUCUCUCCUUUUAUUUAAAUAGAAACAACUAACUCAAAAUACCAUGGAACACAGAGUAAGGACUUUACCCAUUACUGGUCUUUCCUAGCUAUAUGUCACAUUGGUAUGUACCACUUAACUUCCAGAUGACCAUCACAUCUAGCAGUUUCAAGAGGAAUCAUGCCAGAAAAACAGACCUAGGCUUUCUGUUUUGUCUUAGUGAGCAAAGCCAACACUAUUUGUUUCAUGAACUUGUUACUUUUGGCCAAUGUGAGUUGCUGUUUUUAUCAUUGUGUUUUUAAAGUUGCUGAGCAGUAAGCUUACCUAUUAAAGACUUUUGGAAAUUUG